AUGGCCCCGUCGCACAUCGUCAUCCCGCCGCGAGCCGGCUUCACCGCCAACCUUGCCUCCUCCAUGUCGCACCUGGCCACCACGACGUUGCGUGUUGGCGGCAUGACGUGCGGCGCCUGCACAUCGGCCGUCGAAGCAGGCUUUGACGGCGUCGACGGCGUCGGCAGCGUCUCCGUCAGCCUCGUCAUGGAGCGUGCCGUCGUCAUGCAUGAUCCCCAGCGAGUUUCCGCCAGUCAGGUCUGCGAAAUCAUCGAGGACCGCGGUUUCGAGGCCGAGGUUCUGUCCACCGAUCUGCCGAGCCCCCGCGUCAGCCGCUUCAAGGACGACGUCCGCGUCGUCGAGCUGGCCACCACGACCGUCGCCAUCGAGGGAAUGACCUGCGCCGCGUGCACCUCCGCCGUCGAAGGUGCCUUCGCAGACGUCCCCGGCUUCAGGCACUUGAGCAUAUCCCUCCUCUCCGAGCGCGCCGUUGUCGAGCACGACCCGGCACUUCUCACGCCCGAGCAAAUCGCCGAGAUGAUCGAGGACAGAGGCUUUGGUGCCCAGAUCAUCCAGACGGCCAGGUCGUAUGUUGAGGGCGAGGCCGGAGAGGACGCCGCACCCAGCAACGUCGCCACCACCACCGUUGCCAUCGAGGGGAUGACCUGCGGUGCCUGCACCUCGGCCGUCGAGGGCGGCUUCAAAGCCGUCGAUGGAGUCCUCAACUUCAACAUCAGUCUUCUUGCCGAACGCGCCGUCAUUGUGCACGACGUGACCAAGAUCUCGCCCGACAAGAUCACGAGCAUCAUCGACGAUCGCGGAUUCGACGCCACCGUCUUGUCGACGCAGCACUACUGCGCUGGCGACUACGACUCGUCGUCAUCGACGGCGCAGUUUCGCAUCUACGGCAGCGCCGACGCCGUCGCGGCCAAGGCGUUGGAGGAGAAGCUUCGCGGCAUGCCGGGCAUCGACUCGGCGUCGUUGAGCCUCGCCACGGAGCGAUUGACCGUGAACCACCAACCGGCCGUCGUUGGCCUCCGCGCCAUCGUCGAAGCCGUCGAAGCCGAAGGCCUCAACGCCCUCGUCGCCGACAACCAAGACAACAACGCCCAGCUCGAGUCGCUCGCGAAGACGCGCGAAAUCGCCCAGUGGCGCACGGCCUUUCGGACCUCGCUGGCCUUUGCCAUCCCCGUCUUCAUCAUCGGCAUGGUCUUGCCCAUGUCGCUGCCGUCCUUGGACUUUGGCAGGCUCAAGGUGCUGCCCGGUCUCUACCUCGGCGACUUGAUCUGCUUGGUCCUUACCGUGCCCAUUCAGUUCGGCAUCGGCAAGCGUUUCUACGUCUCCGCCUACAAGUCGGUCAAGCACGGCUCGCCCACCAUGGACGUCCUGGUCAUCCUCGGCACCUCGUGCGCCUUUUUCUUCAGCAUCUUCUCCAUGCUGGUUUCGCUGCUCGUGCCUCCUCACUCGAGGCCGAGCACCAUCUUCGACACGAGCACCAUGCUCAUCACCUUCAUCACCUUUGGCCGCUACCUGGAGAACAGCGCCAAGGGUCAGACGUCCAAGGCGCUGUCGCGCCUCAUGUCGCUCGCGCCGUCGAUGGCGACCAUAUACACCGAUGCCAUCGCCGUCGAGAAGGCGGCCGAGGCGUGGGCCAAGUCCCCGAAGGACCGGCAGGCGGCGGCGGCGGCGGCGCCCUGGCCGGCCGAGGGGGAGGCCUCGGCCUACGAGGAGCGGGUGAUCCCCACCGAGCUGUUGCAAGUCGGCGACAUCGUCAUCAUCCGGCCGGGAGACAAGAUUCCGGCCGACGGCACCAUGGUCCGCGGAGAGACGUUUGUCGACGAGAGCAUGGUGACGGGCGAGGCGAUGCCCGUGCAGAAGCGGCUCGGCGACAACCUGAUCGGAGGCACUGUCAACGGCACCGGACGAGUCGAUUUCCGCGUCACGCGUGCCGGCAGGGACACGCAGCUCAGCCAGAUCGUGAAGCUCGUCCAGGACGCUCAGACGACGAGAGCGCCGAUCCAGAAGCUUGCCGACACGCUCGCCGGCUACUUCGUGCCCACAAUCCUCAUCCUCGGCCUCGUCACCUUCCUCUCCUGGAUGGUGCUGAGCCACGUGAUGCCGAACCCGCCCAAGAUCUUUCUUCAGGACGCGAGCGGCGGCAAGAUCAUGGUGUGCGUGAAGCUCUGCAUCUCGGUCAUCGUGUUCGCCUGCCCCUGCGCCCUUGGCCUCGCGACGCCCACGGCCGUCAUGGUCGGGACGGGGAUCGGUGCCGAGAACGGGAUCCUGAUCAAGGGCGGCGGUGCCUUGGAGAGGGCCACCAAGAUCACCAAGAUAGUUCUCGAUAAGACGGGCACCAUCACGCACGGCAAGAUGAGCGUCGCCAAGAUGACGGUCGUGCCCCUCUGGGGCGACGACGCGUCGCGCGUCCGGCUCUGGUGGUCCAUCGUCGGGCUCGCCGAGACGGGCAGCGAGCACCCCGUCGGCAAGGCCAUUCUGGGCGCGGCCAAGGAGGGCCUCGGCAUCGACCCGGAAAACGCCAUCGGCGGGAGCGUCGGCGAGUUCACGGCCGCCGUUGGCAAAGGCGUGAGUGCUCUCGUGGAACCGCACACUUCGUCGGCCGAGCGAGUCCGCUACAGAGUGCUGGCCGGCAACGUCGGCUACCUCGAGCAGAACGGAGUCGAGGUGCCACGCGGGGCCAUUGACGCCUCCGAGGAGCUCAACGCGUCGUCGAAGAAGUUAUCCAGCACCAACAUCCAUUCACCGGCAGCCGGAACGACGAACAUCUUCGUCGCCGUCGACGGCCAGUACACGGGACACCUGUGUCUUGCCGACACCAUCAAGGAUGGCGCCGCCGGUGCCAUCUCUGUGCUGCACCGAAUGGGCGUCAAGACGGCCAUCGUGACGGGCGACCAGCGCUCGACGGCCCUGACCGUCGCGGCCGCGGUGGGCAUCUCGGCCGACAACGUCUUUGCCGCCGUCAGCCCCGACCAGAAGCAGUCCAUCAUCAGGCAGAUGCAGUCGCAGGGUGACAUCGUGGCCAUGGUCGGCGACGGCAUCAACGACUCGCCUGCUCUGGCGACGGCCGACAUCGGCAUCGCCAUGGCCAGCGGUACCGACGUCGCCAUGGAGGCGGCCGACGUGGUGCUGAUGCGGCCGACGGAUCUCAUGAGCAUCCCCGCCGCCUUGCACCUCACCCGAACCAUCUUUCGGCGCAUCAAGAUGAACCUGGCUUGGGCGUGCCUGUACAACGUCAUGGGCUUGCCCAUUGCCAUGGGCUUCUUCCUGCCCCUCGGCUUCCACAUGCACCCGAUGAUGGCCGGCUUCGCCAUGGCGUGCAGCAGCGUCAGCGUCGUCGUCAGCAGCCUUCUUCUAAAGAUGUGGAAGCGUCCGCGGUGGAUGUACGACGCCGAAUCGGAGCAGAAAGGCGACUUGCGACGCCCGAACCUCUUCAGCCGGAUGAAGGAGGCCCUCAGCAGGAGAGGGCGGGGAGGAGACGACGGAUACGUUCCCCUGCAAGACUUGGACAUGGAACCGUGA